GAUCCAUCCGAGGAACGCGGGGAGGAGGAGGGGAAGAGAGGAGGAAGACCCGCCGAAAGAGGACCUUUUAAAAAAUAAAGCUGUCCCAGCGACCAUCCUCCUUCCCACUGAAAAUAAGAAAGAAUAAUACCUUUAAAAAAAAAAUCCAGCCAGCCCCGAAGGAAGGACAGGACGCACGGCGGAGCGAGCAGAGGAUUCCAUCGGAUUUCUUCCUUAAGAUCUCUCUCGGUCUCGAUCUUUUUAAAACAUUGUCUCUGUUUCUGCGGGAGGGGAGGGGGUCUUCUCUUCCUUUUGAAUGCCGGCCACCCGGAGCAAGGCGAGGGUUUCUUCCGUCCGAGCAUGAAAAGGACUGCCAGCCCCCCAGCCACCCGACGCCUGCAGCAGUCGCCCAGCGCCCACUAUGCGCUCUGGAUUGAGGGGGGCUCCGCUUCGCACAAGUUCUGCCUCCCGAAGCGAAUGAAAAGCUCCGGCCGCCGCCACAUCUCCGCCAAAGAGGAGCGUUGAUCCCCGGACUCCACGGAAUGGCGCAAGAAUGAGAGGGAAAAGGCAGACAGAAAAGCAUGAACUGGAGGCUUGCUGAGUUCCUCUAUUUCCUCUUUAUAUGGGACCAUAUAACUGUACACCCUUCCCACCAGGAGCCUGCUGUGACCAACCAACAUGUCUCCAAGGAAUUUGAUUGGCUUAUUUCAGACAGGGGGCCCUUCCACCACUCACGGAGCUACUUAUCCUUUGUGGAAAGACAUCGUCAGGGAUUUACAACCCGAUAUAAAAUAUACAGGGAGUUUGCCCGUUGGAAGGUGAGGAACACUGCCAUCGAGCGGAGAGACCUGCUCCGGAACCCGGUCCCCUUGAUGCCUGAGUUCCAGAGGAGCAUACGCCUGCUGGGCAGGAGACCUACAACCCAGCAGUUCAUUGAUACCAUCAUCAAAAAAUACGGCACCCACAUACUCAUCUCUGCCACCUUAGGAGGAGAGGAGGCAUUGACCAUGUACAUGGACAAAAGCCGACUCGACCGAAAGUCAGGCAAUGCUACCCAAAGUGUUGAGUCCCUUCACCAGCUUGCCUCCUCGUAUUUCGUGGACCGGGAUGGAACUAUGAGGCGUCUCCAUGAGAUCCAGAUCUCCACAGGAGCGAUCAAGGUCACCGAAACGCGGACAGGCCCGCUGGGCUGUAACAGUUAUGACAAUCUGGACUCUGUGAGUUCUGUCCUUCUGCAAAGCACGGAGAGCAAACUCCAUCUCCAAGGUCUCCAGGUCAUCUUUCCUCAGUAUUUACAAGAGAAAUUUGUGCAGUCAGCAUUGAGUUAUAUCAUGUGCAAUGGAGAAGGAGAAUAUAUCUGCCGAGACAGCCAGUGUGGAUGUCAGUGUGCUGAAGAAUUCCCCCAGUGCAAUUGUCCCAUCACUGACAUCCAGAUAAUGGAAUAUACGUUGGCCAACAUGGCCAAAUCUUGGACAGAGGCCUACAAAGAUCUAGAGAAUUCAGAUGAAUUUAAGUCCUUCAUGAAGAAACUACCUAAUAACCAUUUCCUGACCAUUGGGAGCAUCCAUCAGCACUGGGGAAAUGACUGGGACCUUCAGAACCGCUAUAAGCUCUUGCAGAGUUCGAUGGAGGCCCAGCGCCAGAAGAUCCAACGCACUGCCCGUAAACUUUUUGGCCUCAGCAUCCGUUGCCGACACAAUCCUAACCAUCAGCUGCCUAGAGAAAGGACGAUACAGCAGUGGCUAUCUCGAGUCCAGUCUUUGCUCUACUGCAAUGAGAAUGGGUUCUGGGGGACCUUUCUGGAGAGUCAACGGAGCUGUGUCUGCCAUGGCAGCACCAGCCUGUGCCAGCGGCCAAUCCCGUGCAUCAUUGGAGGCAACAACAGCUGUGCCAUGUGUAGCUUGGCCAACAUCUCCCUCUGUGGCUCAUGCAACAAGGGCUACCGCCUCUCUCGGGGUCGCUGCGAGCCCCAGAACGUGGACUCUGAGCGCAGUGAGCAGUUCAUCAGCUUUGAGACCGAUUUGGACUUCCAGGACCUGGAGCUGAAGUACCUCCUGCAAAAGAUGGAUUCCCGCUUGUAUGUCCACACUACUUUCAUCAGCAAUGAGAUCCGCCUGGACACUUUCUUUGACCCUAGGUGGCGCAGGCGCAUGUCCCUUACCUUAAAGAGCAACAAGAACCGGAUGGACUUCAUCCACAUGGUCAUUGGGAUCUCCAUGCGUAUCUGCCAGAUGCGCAACAGUAGCCUGGACCCCAUGUUCUUUGUCUAUGUCAACCCUUUCAGCGGGAGCCACUCAGAAGGUUGGAACAUGCCGUUUGGAGAGUUUGGCUACCCACGUUGGGAGAAAAUCCGCCUGCAGAACAGCCAGUGCUACAACUGGACUCUCUUGCUGGGAAACCGGUGGAAAACGUUUUUUGAGACCGUCCACAUCUACCUACGCAGCCGGACUCGGUUGCCCUCCUUGAUGCGCAACGAGACUGGUCAAGGGCCUGUGGACCUUUCUGAUCCGAACAAGCGCCAGUUCUACAUCAAAAUUUCAGACAUUCAGGUGUUUGGAUACAGCUUACGCUUCAACGCUGAUCUGUUGCGCAGUGCUGUGCAACAAGUCAACCAGUCCUACACGCAAGGUGGGCAGUUCUACUCCUCUUCCUCUGUCAUGUUACUGAUGUUGGAUAUACGGGACCGAAUCAACAGAUUGGCACCUCCAGUAGCCCCUGGAAAACCCCAGCUGGAUCUCUUCUCUUGUAUGCUCAAACACCGUCUGAAACUGACCAACACUGAGAUCAUCCGUGUGAACCACGCGCUGGAUUUGUACAACACUGAGAUCCUUAAACAGUCAGAUCAGAUGACAGCCAAACUCUGCUAACCCCAAUUUUAUGUACUUAUGUAUACAAACUAAUCCUUUUGCUGUAAACAUACACACACACAAACAAAGGAAAACAACCA